ACUGCAAGAGAUUCAAAAGCUUAAUCAGAAGCAAACAAAAAAAUAUCUGACAAUUCUAUCUUCUUCUUCGUUUUUUUUUUCUUUGUUUCCUCUCUUUCACGAGAGUGACUUCUCAGUUUCGAUUGAUUCUUUUCCUUUUCCGCUCCCGAUUGCUUACUCUUUCCUCUGGUUAGUUUUUUUAAAUAUGCAAAUUAUUAUUGUUUCUCUGAGAUAUUUAUCAGUUUCUAGGUGAUGAUUAUGAUGCCGACAAUAUAGACAAAAUUAGGAACUCAAUCUUCAGUUUCCGUUAAAGCAAAACAUCAGAUUCUCUGUUAUUGGAGAGUAUGGUGAAAUGAUGGCAGCAGGAGAAGCAAGAGCUGUGUGGCAAAGAACAGUUAACCGUUACUUUGUCCAAGAAGACGCUAAAAGAGCUCCCAAGUUAACAACCUCUUGCCAAUCUUCUUCAUCAACUGUUUCAUCUAAACAGGUUGAAGAUUCUGGAUCUUCUCGUCCCGUUGUUGAUCCACACAACCAAUCAUCAUCUUGUGCAGGUUUCAUGCCUCGUCAUCCAAACCCGAACUUCCCUCAUCUGUUACCACACAACACCAGUUUGUGGGGACAUCCUCAUCACAUUCAGCAAGACCACAAGGAACAAGUGAACACUCCAUCGGAAGCUGAGGUUGAUAUCUCUGAGAAGAAACCUGAAUUGGGAGCCAAGUCUUUUAAGUCUGAAAGCUUUCAAGAGUUUAUAGAGUUGAUGGAGACAAGGGAAAGUUAUGUUUCUUUUGGGAAAGAUGAAUCCUCCUCUGAGAACAAGUUAACGAACGAGCUACCUUUCGAUCCGAGCUCUCCCUGGAAUCCUCUCUCUAGCGAGAAAGCUGCACCUUGGUGGAGAACUACAGACAAAGAUGAACUAGCUUCCUUGGUUGCACAAAGGUCUCUAGACUUUGUCGAGAACUGCGACCUCCCAACACCGCAGAAGAUGAACCGCUCUUACUACGGUAGUCCACGUUCUUUCGACUCUGAUGCAUUCCGGGACCACUCUAUCCCCAACCAAACCACCCACGCGCCAAGGAGAGGAAACAGCUUCAAGAACAGAACAGAGGAGGCUUCCUCCGAGUCUGACUUAAGCAAAUCAAAGCUGCUAGAAGCGCUGAGACGCUCUCAGACGCGAGCUAGGGAAGCUGAAAACAUGGCUAAAGAAGCGUGUGCAGAGAGAGAGCAUUUGGUGAAGCUCUUGUUGAAGCAAGCCUCAGAGCUUUUCGGGUAUAAGCAGCUGCUGCAACUGCUUCAGCUUGAAUCUUUGUACCACCAAAUCAAGAGCAAGAAGAUUGAGGACAGCAAGGAGCCGCCACCUGUUUCCAUCCCUUGGAGCAAUACCAAAGGGAGAAAAGCGGGGAGAAAGAGAAGAAGCAAAAGGAGUAAACCGAAUGGGUUUGUUGGUUUAGCGUUGGGGAUGAGUCUUGUUGGUGCUGGUUUGCUUCUGGGGUGGACUGUUGGAUGGAUGCAGAUGCUUUCUUUCUAAUCCAAAGAGAAGAGAAGAAAAAGAAAGUUUCCACUCUUUUUCUUAGUGAGCAGCCUUGAUAAUGAGUAUGUAAACUGUUGUAAGAAUUUUGUUAAUAUUGUGUUUCUAGUUUGAUCUUAAAUGGAAAUGAUCUUUCAUGUAAGUGUCUCUGCAUAUUUAUGUUGUUAGCUAUGUAUCUUUUCUUUCAUGUACACAAAAAUAGUUUCAUGUAUCUUUCUUCAUGUCGUUUGCUUAUGUUUUGUGAAUCUAUUGAAAUUUGAAAGA